AUGGUAUCUGUGCUCCAAAAUGUCAAGGCAACAAUGGCCUGGCAGAAACACCAGCUCCUAGCUGACUUCGAUGAGAAUGAGAGCCCUGUACCUGACAAAUUCAAGAGAAGGGCUUCUUUGAGGUCUCUCAACACCAUCCGCAUGUCUCUAAGGAAGCGAGUACCAUUAAAGCAAGUAGAGCUGAAUUUUCAUAAGACCCCAACUUGGGAAAGUCUGGAAACAAGACAGAAGCACCAAACUCUUCAGAAUAUUAAAAGAACAGCAAAAAAUGCUUUUGGAACAGUGUCCCAGAAAAUACAGCAGUCUUGCCAAAGCCCAGUACACUCAGUGGUGACCUUUCCGGCUGAAUCCAUCAGCAGAAGCUGUACAACCAGUUCUACCAAGAAAAGAAGUACUACACCUCAAACACCUUGCCAUAAGAAGAGUGUUACACCAGCAGCCAGUUCCAAAGGCACCCCAAGAUCCAGCAAAAGAGCCUUGCUUGGGCCAACAAAGAUGUCAGAACACAGCAAAUGGAGGGGUUUUUCAUCCUGGCUUGGUAAAGAUGCUGUCUCUCUCCGGAGAUCAAGAAGAGCAGCAGCACUGAAGAGCCCAUAUUCAUCACCUGCUCUUGCCAGCAAAAAGAUAGAAGAGUUUGACUGCGAGUUGGAGCUGGUCUCCUCGGGGAUUUGCCAGUUGAAGCGUAUCUCCCAGGCAUUUGACGAUGCCAUUGUGCAAGAGGAGAGGCAAUGUGCAAUAUCAAACUACUACUCUAAUGGCACAAAACUUACAGUCUGCACAUCGAUCUCAGAAACUUUCUCGAGCUAUCGGAAGGCGAGCAAAGAACCUCCAUCGAGUACCUGGUACCUAGACAGAGGUGGCAAAAACUGUUGUCAGCUUAUAUACACAGAAAUUGGUUACUACUAUUAA